AUGGAGCAAGAGCUUCUGUCGCUCCUGGCAGACACCCAGUCGGCCCAGGCUGACGCCAGGAAAAACGCUGAGCUACAGCUACAGAGCCUCUACACCAACGAGUCCUUCCCGAUCUCCCUCACGGCGAUUGCGUCCCACGAGCCCGUCCCUGUCAACCUGCGCCAAUCUGCGCUGUCAGUGCUGCGCACCUUCAUUUCCGCCGGCUGGUCUCCCAAUCUCGACGAAUUCAAGGGUCAGCUCCUUGUCCCGGACACCAACAAGGCGCAAAUCCGCCAGGCCCUCCUCGAACUCGCGACAACCAUCGAAACCCCCGAGCGCAAAGUGAAGGCAUCAGCCAGUUACGCCGUGAGCAAGAUUGCCAGUGCCGACUUCCCCGAUGACUGGCCCGAGCUCCUCCCUGCGUUGCUGCACAUCAUCAACAAUGCCUCCACCACCGACAUCGCGAUGCACGGCGCGCUGAAGGUCCUGCUGGACCUGGUUGACACGGGUUUCGGCGAGGAGCAGUUUUUCAAUGUCGCUCGUGACCUUGUCUCUGGUCUCUUCGCGGUUGCUACGUCAGAGACUCGUCGCCCCAUGCUGCGAGCUCUCGCAGUCGCGGUGUUCAAGUCUUGCUUCGACACCCUGGAAAUGGUCCUGGAGCAACACAAGCAGGCGAUUAAGUCGUUUGUCGAUGAGAUGCUGGGCGGAUGGUCUCCAUUCUUUGUGAAAACUUUGGAGGCUCCCUUGCCGCAGCCUCCAUCCGAAGAAGAGGCGAACAAAUUGGGUGAUGUUGCGACACAGUGGCGUGGAAUCAUUGCCCUGAAGGUCCAGGUUGUGAAGACUCUCAUGAAAAUUCGCAUGGUCUUCCCCGGUCUGUUGUCGGCCCCGAGCCCUAGCUACUUUUCGACCGCCUGGACAGAGCUUACCAAUGCUCUGGAGGUCUACCAAGAUUUUUUUAUCGAGAACGAGCGCCAGGGCCGCCUGGAAGAUGUCGACGGUCUCCCCUACUCCCUUGACUACCUUGUCCUAGAGGAACUGGAUCUCAUUCAAACAUUGCUGAAGGCCCCUCCUGUCAAGGCUGAAUUGCAGCAGCGGAUUCAGAAUGCCGGGGCCGCGGCGGGCUCGUCGGGGUGGGUGCCCGAGAUGAUGAAGCUCUGCAGUUCCUACUCGCAAAUCACUAUGGAAGAGGAGAGUCUGUGGGAGAUCGAUGUGAACCUGUUCCUCUCAGAAGAAACCUCCAUCACCGCCAACUACACCCCUCGAACCUGCAGUGCUGAUCUCGCUAUCAAGACUGGCGAGUGGCUGAAGGAGAAGGCGGCCGAAGGUCUCCUUACUCAUAUGAACGCCCUUUUCGCAGAUUCCUCUGUGUCAUGGAAAGCUCGUGAAGCAUCUCUUUACGUCCUGAACGCUCUGCUGAGAGACUUCAGCGAGGUAUCUCUGCAGAUUUCUCCAGAGCUGGCCACCCAGUUCAACCGGUUCGUUCAUUACGGUCUCCAGCAAGAGCAGGAGCUCCUGCGUGCCCGAGCUUACCUUGUCGCUGGUUCAUUGGCCAAAGUCACUGGUGACUACUUCCAGCAGAACACUACCUCAUUUCUCGAAGCCGCUUUGAAGGCGAUUGCCGAGGACCCCGCAGAGGUCGUUCAGGUGUCGUGUAUCCGAGUUCUUCAGGAUAUCAUCCCGGCGCUGCCCAUCAGUGUGGCUCGCCCAUUCCAAACUACAGUAAUCAAUGCUAUUUCCGAAUUUGUUUCGGCUCACGAUCUGCGCGAGCAGACCGAGAGCGACGACCUCAAGAUCACGCUGGCGGAAACCAUCCGCGAUGUGAUCAUGGCCGACUCCAGCGUGGUCCUGUCGUCUCCCGCCAUUGAUGUCCUGUUCAACAUUGCCAGCAGCGGGGCCGAGAACUUCCAGCUAACCAUGACUGUGACUGAAGCCUUUGAGGAUUUGCUGGACCAGAUUGCGGAUUUCGGCCCCGAUGGGUACCGCCAGCUUUGCGAGAAGGUGCUUCCGUCGUUGAUGGGUGCGAUUGAUGUCGGCAACCUCACAGAGGAGAACUCGUUGACGAACUUCGCGGCCGACCUUCUCCGUGCUCUUGCGGAACGAAGUCCGGAGCCCAUGCCGGCCGGAUUUGUGGAAACUGUGAUGCCCAAGCUCAACUGGUUGCUUCUGGACUCAACCGAGGCCGAGCUGAUUCGGCCUGCGACUGAAGCAGUGCGCCACAUGCUUGCCCAUGACUUCGCCCAAUUUGUGGCUUGGCGGGACCCGCAGUCCGGUAAAGAAGCCAUUGAAGUCGCGCUGGUGAUCAUCGACCGUCUGCUAGGACCGGCCGUUGAUGACAAUGCCGCCGUUGAGGUGGGACAGUUGGCGGCCGAGCUGGUGGAGCGUGCUGGAUCGGAACGUCUGGGGCCCUAUCUACCUCAGUUACUGCAAGCGGUCGCCCAGCGACUUUCCACGGCGCAGCAGGCGCAAUUCAUUCAGAGUCUGAUCCUGGUCUUCGCUCGUCUGACACUGAUUAGCGCACGCGAAGUGGUGGAUUUCCUGGCCCAGCUGAACCUCGGUGGCCAGAGUGGACUCACGCUGGUCCUGAGCAAGUGGUUGGAGAACUCGGUCAACUUUGCCGGUUACGACGAGAUCAAGCAGAACAUCUUCGCGCUGGCGCAUCUGUACGAGCUGUCGGACCCGCGGUUGGCCGAGGUCCCUGUCAAGGGCGAUUUGAUUGUCGAAAACACCGGCCGCAUUAAGACCCGGUCGCAAGCUCGUAACAACCCCGACCGAUUCACAACAGUGCCUGCAUCCCUGAAAAUCAUCAAGGUUCUCGUGGAGGAGCUUUCAGCGGCGUCUGGCAACAAGGAAAUGGAUGCGGCGACCGCGGCGGCCCUGGAUGAUGCUGGCAGCGACGAUGGGGAUGAUGACUGGGAAGAUAUGCCCGGACAGGUGCUGGAUCUCGGCCUGGGCAUGACCAAGCAGCAGCUGAUGAGCUUUGCGGAAGAGGGAUCGGAGAGUGUGUUUGCGGUGCGCCGGCGUGACGACGAGACCCAGGCGUACCUGUGCGAUUUCUUCCGUCGGGCAUCGACGCAGCCCGGGUUCCAGGAGUUGUUUGCGGCGCUGACGGCUGAUGAGCAGACGAAGCUCCAGAGUCUGGGAUAA